CCCCAAGGCUGGGGAGGCAGCGCCCCGGCCAGAGGUGGGAAGCGCUCGAGCCGCCGGCGAGGCGAGGGGAGGGGAGGGAGCGCGCUGUCCCCCAGCCCCGCAUUUCAGGGGGUGGGGAAAGAAGCCCUGGGCAAAGGGACCUCCCCGCAGGAGAGACUGAAAAGGAGCCAGAGAAGGGGGGGAAGCGCGAGCCCAAGGAAAGUCCCCCUCCUCCCCCGCCAGCAGCGACUUUGCGGCUGUCCCGGCUCCGGAUCAGGAUGCGGCUCCUGCUGCUGCUGCUGCUCCCCGAGCUACUCCUCCUGGUGCCGGCUCAGAAGUUCUCCGCGCUCACGUUUUUGAGAGUGGACCAAGACAAAGACCGAGAAUGCAGCCUGGACUGUGCAGGAUCCCCUCAGAAGUCACUUUGUGCUUCUGAUGGAAGGACUUUCCUGUCCCGUUGUGAAUUUCAACGAGCAAAAUGCAAAGAUCCUCAGUUGGAAAUUGCAUAUAGGGGCAACUGCAAAGAUGUUUCCAGGUGUGUGGCAGAGAGGAAAUACACCCAGGAACAAGCCCGCAAAGAGCUUCAACAAGUUUUCAUUCCCGAGUGCAAUGAUGAUGGCACAUACAGCCAGGUUCAGUGUCAUAGUUACACAGGAUACUGUUGGUGUGUCACUCCCAAUGGACGUCCAAUCAGCGGUACAGCUGUAGCACAUAAAACUCCACGGUGUCCAGGGUCUAUAACUGAGAAGUUGCCACAACGAGAAGGUGCAGGAAAUACAGAUGAUGCCUCAGCUCCCGCGCUGGAGACUCAGCCUCAAGGUGAUGAGGAAGAUAUAGCUUCUCGUUACCCUACAUUAUGGACUGAGCAAGUAAAGAGUAGGCAAAACAAAACCAAUAAAAAUUCAGCAUCGUCAUGUGAUCAAGAACUUCAGUCAGCACUGGAGGAAGCUAAACAACCCCAAAAAGACAAUGUGUUCAUUCCAGAGUGCGCUCAGGGUGGCCUUUACAAGCCCGUGCAGUGUCAUCCUUCCACAGGCUACUGCUGGUGUGUUCUUGUAGACACAGGACGUCCCAUCCCUGGUACAUCAACUAGGUAUGAACAACCUAAGUGUGAUAACAGUGCCAGAGCUCAUCCAACCAAAACAAAGGAUUUGUACAAAGGACGCCAGCUUCAAGGUUGUCCAGGGGCCAAGAAGAAUGAGUUCCUGACCAGUGUUCUGGAUGCACUGUCCACCGAUAUGGUCCACGCAGUCUCCGAUCCAUCGUUGUCUUCCAGCAGGCUUUCAGAACCUGAUCCAAAUCAUACUCUGGAAGAGAGAGUGGUCCACUGGUAUUUCAAACAACUUGAUAAAAAUUCCAGUGGCGAUAUUGGCAAAAAGGAAAUCAAGCCGUUCAAGAGAUUCCUGCGAAAAAAGUCAAAGCCCAAAAAAUGUGUGAAGAAGUUUGUAGAAUACUGUGAUGUGAACAAUGACAAAUCCUUAUCAGUUCAAGAAUUAAUGGGUUGUCUGGGCGUAACAAAAGAAGACGGUAAAGCAGACACAAAGAAACGCCACAAUAUAAAACCAGAGAAUCACAAUUCCUACCUUGGUUCCCCUUGGCUCCAGCAGGAAGCAAGCUCCAGCAGCCAUUUACAGGCCCCCCAAAAUAAUCCUGAAAGCACUUCCUCCAACAGGCAGCAGCAAAGCUCUAAGAAGCAAGGAUGAACAGCUUACAUAUCCAAGCCAGAUCUCUUUGACAUGUGGGAGAUUUCCUCACCAAAAGGCAAUAAAAAAAAAACAAACCAUAGUAUUUGCACUUUGUACUUUAAAAUGUAAAUUCACCUUGUAGAAAUGAGAUAUUUAAACAGACUGUUUUUUUAAUCUGUGAAAAUGUAACAGCUAGUUUUAAAAAAAUUAUCACAUACAAUGUAUGUGCCUUCUUUUGUCGUAUGAAAUCUGUAUGUGUUGGAGAUGUAAAAGUUUGCAUUUAAACUUUUUUUUUAAGUAGCUUUCUUGCAAACAUUAAUAUAGAAACCUGACUCUAGGUAUCUUGGUUUCAAUAGUAUGCCUUGUUUUUCUUUACCAAUACAGUCAUUUAAACAUAGUUAGUCUGAAAAACUGCUUAAGAGCUACUGUAUUGACAAUUUUGUCCAAGCAGUGUUGGAGAUUUUAUGUUUCCAAGUCCAAGGGAAGUGUGAAAAUUGCUGUUGACUCAUUUUUGCAGCCUCUAAGUGAAUGGAUAUUUCCCUGCUGGUAACAUUUUGUUUUUAUUAUUUUGCUUUCCAAAGAUAACGCAAUGAGAAUGCAACCACUAAAGGAUUCCAACAGCUAUUCUACAGUUAGGUCUCUUGUAGAAAAAUGUAUUUUAUCCAUUUGAGGUGCCUUCCAUUAUAAAUUUGACUAAGGUUUUUGUUUGUUUGUUUUGGGGUUCAUGUAUGGGGAGAGGGUAUGCCCUUUUGCCUAAAUUAGUCAUGCAAAUAACUGAAAAGCAAUAUCACUCAAGUUAGCCUCUGUCAAGCCCUAGAGCAUGUUCCUGCAGUCAGCAUAAGGCAGCAAAGGGACACAGUUGUUCAGUAUUGUAAAUCUAAUUAUGAAGAGACAAAGAAGGCUAAACAGACUUGUCUGUCUUUUGUUUUCCCUACACCUGGCUGAGCCCCCAUCCAUUCCUGGGGGUGCCGCAGGGUCCAUGAGACGGUAAAGCUAUCACAGAACAAAUUAUAAAUAGUUGCUGUAAGGAGGUGUAGUCAGAAAAAUCCCUGCCUUGGGCAUUCUCCUUGCUCUUUGGGAGAAGUUCCUACAAGUUUUCAUACCUUUUCUGUCAUGUUUUCCUCUCUCUCUCUUUUCUUUCUUUUGGAGUGCCUUAAGGGAACAGGAACUUGCAGAUGUGAACUAGCAGGGAACUUGAAAAAAGGUUCAGACCUUGAAAAUGAAUUAUAAGUAAUUGAAUUGAUCAAUGCAGUGAUAAAUGGACUGCUGGCAUCUAAAAACCAUAAUAUGGAGGGGUGGGUACGUUGCAAUGAGCAGCAGUUGUGUAGGACCUGCCUUGGGAGCAAUAUGUAGAUUAGCUAGUCAGAAGGAUGACUUGGAUCAAACUCACAUAUGAAAAAUCUUUGUUAUAGAAACAAAAGUUUCAUUUAAAUUCCACAUGUGAAUAUAUGCUGAAAUAUUGCUACGAGACUGUGCAUACAUUGGAAUUGUUAAAAAAAAGAACGUGCUAAGGUGUUUGGGGGUUUUUUUGGGGAGGGCAAAUGUGUUUUCUUUGUAAAAGCAUUUUUUAUUCAAAAUU